GGAAUUACUCGUGUUACUGCAGGAAUGCAGUGGGUAUGUGAAGCGGAUAUGAGCAAUUGAUUCGACACUUCUCUUCCGUAGAAUUCACGAUUUUCGUAGACUUGACGAUGGUUUAACCGCUUUCAGCGCUCCUGGUGAAUCAAUAUAGGAGUGGACGUGAUGUUUUCAGUGAACUUGGCGAAGCAUUAGACAAACAAAACACCAUGAGCGUUCCGCUUCGUGCCAACAUCUCUCGCGGAAAUCCCGAGAAGGUGUUCGAUUUGAUCGAAAAAGUUGGAGGUGGAACAUAUGGAGACGUUUUUAAGGCCAGAGUCAUCUCUACAGGGGAACUGGCUGCAGUGAAAGUUGUAAAAGUCGAACCAGGAGAGACAAGCUAUGGAUAGCAAUGGAGUUCUGUGGGGCAGGAUCAGCACAGGACAUUUAUUGUGUUACUGGACCAUGUAGUGAACCUCAGAUUUCUUUUAUUAGUGUUGAAACUCUGAAGGGUCUUGCCUACCUCCAUGAGAAGAACUUAAUGCACCGUGAUAUCAAGGGUGCAAACAUCCUGUUGACAGCACAAGGCAACAUCAAGUUAGUGUGAUAUUUGGGCAGUUGGCAUAACAGCCAUUGAACUAGCAGAGCUUCAACCUCCCAUGUUUGACUUACAUCCUAUGAGGGCAUUAUAUUACAUUGGAAAAAGAAGUUUUGUACCACCUACUUUAAAAGACAAGGACAAAUGGUCCCCAGAACUUCAUAGUUUUCUAAAGACAGCUCUACAGAAAAAUCCAAAGAAGAGACCCACUGCAGACAGAUUGCUAACACAUCCAUUUUGUGGCCAUGGCUACACCAGAGCAGUUAUACAGGACUUGUUAGACACAUACAAGAGGAAAAAAGGAGAUAAGGGGAAUAUCGCAGGACCAGGUGAUGAUGAUGAUGACGAAGAUGAUGCUGCUCCAGUUGAUGAGCCCCCACCCUUACCCCCUAAGUUAAACAGGAAUUCUCAUUACCAAGUGCCACAGCCUAGCAUGAAACCAGUUCCACCUCCAAAGCCAGUACACCUGAAGCUGUCAAGAGUAGUAAGUGCACAAGAGGGGGGCCAACGAUCGUCUCAACCAAAGCCAAGAAAAUACUCUGAUAUAGAAGUGCCUAGCAGCAGAGUCCCUCCACCAAGUAUUCCCCCACUGAAACCUCCAGUUGGAGCCAGAGUAUCAGACCCAGGAAGACUCUCUUCUGGCAAGAAAACUUCUGAAUAACAGAAUUUCCGAAACAAGAGGUUGUUCCAAGUGCUGUAUUGUAAAUAACCCGUACAACAGUCAGGUGUACCUCUGUGUAGCGGUGCAGAAGAGUGUCUUUCUCUACCAGUGGUAUGAGCCGUGGGGAAGGUUCAUGAAAGUGCAGUACUAUGAUGUGGAUAUUCCGUCACCCCCGCCACUGUUUGAACCGCUUGUGAAACAAGACCUGGAAUACCCCAUGAUAUGUGUUGGAGUGAGAGAAUUGGCCGAUGGUAGCCUUCAUUUUGAAUGCGUGAAUUUGAAUUCCUUAUCAAACUGGUUCACAGAACUACCUGAAGGGAAAAAAAUUGAAGUGGAUAGUGUGGACCAUUUGGAAAAAGAUACAGUUCUUGUUUCAUUCAACAAAAUAGUCAAGUUUGUCAAUCUGGAAGGCAAAACGAAACAUUUCAGAAGACAAUUGUCAGAAAUACAUUUUGAUAUCAAGCCAGAAUCUGUGGUCUGUUUACAAGGUAGCGUUCUAGCGUUUCAUGAGCAUGGGUUGCAGGGAAGAAGUCUUCACAGUGGAAAGGUUAAUGUCGAGAUGAACGAUCCCCGACGCACGUUUAGACUGCUGGGAUGCGAGAGCAUUGCAGUGGUUGAGAGCAAACCCUCCGACAACCCUAAUGCACCGUGCAAUCUGUACAUACUGGCCAGCAACCGCAACCAACAGAAGUAGUCUUCCCCGGAGGAAGAGGCUCAAACAUGCGGUGUCUACCCCUGAGGGAGGCAAAUCACCUUCAGAGCGCGGAGCAUGCAGUUCGUGUUUAAUUACCCCAAUCUAGAUUUCACGUUAAACUUUUUAGAAUUCAUUUACGUCGCAAGCAAUUUUUAUU